AUGGGCAAACCUUUCACCCUGAUAACAACAGGAGACGUCCUCAGUCUGCCUGUGGAAAGAGUCGGUCAGGACAUGAAGACGUGUGCGACUCUCUGCCCACCUGGACCAAACGUCCUGCUGCUCCUGGUGAAGCCGUCAGACUUCACCAAGUCGAACCGACAGAAUAUGAACUGUGUCCUGAGUUUUUGGGGGAAAGAAGCCUUUAAUUAUGCAAUAGUCAUCACAACUGAAACUGAUGAGCAAUGGACGUUUCCCAUGAACCAACUUGUCAGGGAAUGUGGCCAAAGGAUCCACAAAGUGGACCUCGAUGAAAGCGUCCACGCCUUCAUUCUGGUCCUCCCAUUGGACGGUUAUACCGAGGAAGAUAAGAAGGAGCUGGAAACCAUCCAGGAAAUCUUCAGUCUAGGAAUCAAUGAUUUCACCAUGAUUCUUUUUACUAUGGAGGCAACUGGCACACCUUCUGCAGCGCUGAGGUUUCUGAGGGAAAAUAGAGACAUUCAAGAUCUCUGCCACAGUAUCAAUGAGCACAGAAAGAAUCCACAAAAGGUGGAGAAUGUGCAGAGUUCAAAAAAUGGCUCUGGAUCAGGGAUGAUGCAGAACAUAACCAUAAACCAAAAUCUAUCCGCGCCGCAGAGUAAAGAGCCUCUCCGUAUGGUGUUAAUUGGGAAGACUGGUUGCGGUAAAAGUGCCACUGGAAACACCAUCCUGGGCAGGAAAUGCUUUUUCUCAAAGGUUUCUCAAGUAUCAGUGACAAACGUUUGUCAGAAAGAGACAGGAGAGGUCAAUGGUCGUCCUAUUGCCGUGGUGGACACACCAGGACUGUUUGAUACAUCUCAGUCUAAUGACCAGAUUAAACAAGAGCUCAUCAAAUGCAUCAGCUUGUCGGCGCCCGGACCUCACGUCUUCUUACUCGUCCUGCAGAUCGGACGCUUUACGCAGGAGGAAAAAGAAACUGUGGAGCUGCUCAAGGAUUUCUUUGGAGAGAAGUCAGUGAACUUCAUCAUCGUUGUAUUCACCAGAGGAGACGAACUCAAAGAUCAGACAUUUAACAGUUACUUAACCGAAAGCAAGGAAUUUGUCAAAAGGCUGAUCACUGAUUGUGGGGAGAGAUAUCAAGUCUUUAACAACAAUGACCAAGAGAAUCGACGUCAAGCUACAGAGCUCCUAGACAAAGUGGAGGCAAUGCUGAGGGAAAAUGGAGGAAGCUACUACAGCUCAGAGCUCUUCAAAGAGGCAGAGGAGGCCAUACAGAAGGAAACCCAGAAGAUACUGACAGAAAAGGACACAGAGCUGCAGAAGAAGAAGGAACUCCAAAAGCUAAGAGAAGAAUACGAAGAGGAAAAGCGAAGAUAUGAAACAAAAUGGAAAGAAGAACAGCAAAUCCGGAGGGAACAAGAGGAAACCGAAUGGAGAGAAGCAACAGAAACGCUUCGCCAGCAAGUUGAGGAAUUAGAGAGGAAAAAUUUUGAGGAUGCUAGAAAACAAGCAGAACAAAGCAAUGAUUUCAGGAACAAAUAUACUUGUGAUGUCACGGCUGACAUGGAAAAAACUGGGAAAGAAAUAAAAGACUUCAAGCAGAGGGAACAGAAAAAAAACGAACAAAUGAUAAGGCAGCUGAUUAGAAACAAAGAAUACCAGAACAGUUUCGACAUGCUGCAGAAAAAACAUGAAGAAGAAAUAAACAAGUUGAAAUUAUCGCUUUGUUUCCACGGUGAGACUUAUAUCAAAAACAGAAUAACUGAGCUGAAGGAGACGCAUCAGGAGGAAAUAAAUGAGUGGAUACAGGAAAAGGUGAAACAGGCUGCAGAGAGGAAAAUGUGCAGCAUUUCAUGA